GUAAGUUGUAACGUCUGCCAUGUUUUGAUCUGUUGUUGUAUAUUCGUAUCAGCUUUACAGGCAGAUCCCGCACAUCACUGUGGUCAGAACGAUUUCCGGACAACAACCCUACGAAAAUGUCGGAAAAGAAUGGAGAUUCCAACAAGAAGGCUGCUAAAAAAGCAAACCUUCUCGAUCACGGAUCCAUCAAGCACAUCCUCGACGAGUCAGUAUCUGAGAUCGUUACCAGCAAGGGCUACACGGAAGAUGUGAGGCUGAGCAACGUUAGAUUGUUGCUAGGAGUCUUCAUCAUCAUAAUUGCUCUCUUCGCUCAGUUCUACAACAAGAAAUUCCCAGAUAACCGGAAUUUUCUCAUUGGCUGCAUAAUAUUGUAUGUGAUAGCGAAUGCAAUUUUGCAGCUGAUUGUGUACACGAAGGAGAAGAAUGCUAUUCUAUUCACUUAUCCUCCAGCUGGAUCUUUUAACAGUACUGGCUUAGUUGUGUCUUCGAAGCUGCCCAGAUUCUCAGAUUUGUACACACUGACAAUAGCAAGUGCGGAUCCUCAGUCCAUCUCAGCUAAAACACCUGUGGAGAUCACAAAGAGCGUUACUCACUGGUUUACAAAGGAUGGAGUUCUAGUGGAGGGACUCUUUUGGAAAGACGUGGAGAUGCUAAUCAAUGAUUACGCUAAAGAAGGCAAAAAGAGCAAGUGAGAAUCACUCAAUGAAUUUUGAAGAGUGGAACUGAUAGACUCAUCAUAGUCAGAAGGGAGAGAUAGAAAGAACAUAUUGGUUCUAACACACUGAUGUACGUGGAUUUUUAUUUAUAACUAUUUCUUUGAUUCGAUGCAAUCCCAUCGUGGUGUUACAUUGACUAUUAAUAUCGAAGCAGAUUCAGCAGAGUAUGCAUACUGUAUACACUUGGGCUUCUUUUCAUCCGUAUAGCUUCUCGGACAUGAAACCUAUUGAUGAAUGACUGUAUACCUUAUUGUUUCGGUAUUCAGGGAACCAGGAGAGAGG